UGGGAAGCUGUUGUCAAACUGUCCGAUGGAUUCAAUGGGGCCGACUUGCGCAACAUCUGCACAGAAGCAGGCAUGUGCGCCAUUCGUGUUGAGAGGGACUAUGUCGUGGAUGAAGACUUUAUGAAGGCUGUGCGCAAAAUUGCAGAUGCCAAGAAACUUGAAACAAAACUCGAUUACAAGCCUGUUUAA